AUGAGUCACCGCAGUAAGAUAAUUGCGUUAGCUUUAGCUAAAAGUAAAAUUACGGACAGUAACGCAGGUACUAUAAUAAACGAUAAAAGAGGUAUACACGGCACGCGCAAAAAUGCCGUUCCAGAUCAAGUCAAACAAUCUGUUAGAGAUCAUAUUUCACAAAUGCCAUUAGUAAACUCACACUAUGUGAGAAACAGAACAUCUAAACAGUAUCUGGAUGAACAACUGAACUUUCCAAUACUCUACAAACUUUAUUUGGAAUGGAUGAAUGAAAAACAUUCCGAUCAGGUCGUUGCGACUUCAAGACAGUAUAGGGAGAUAUUUAAGACAUAUUUUAAUAUAGACUUUAACAAACCAAGAAUAGACCAAUGUCCAAGGUGUGAUUUAUUUAAAAAUUCAACUGAGACUGACAAAACUAAGCUAGAGUAUGAGUACGCUUUACAUAUUGCAAACAAAAAUGUGGUCAGGUCUUUAAAAGAUAGUGACAAACAUCGAGCUAAACACUCUGAUUCUGUUGUAACAGCUUGUUAUGGUUUACAAAAAAUUUUGAAUACUCCUCAUUCAGAAGUAUCCGUAUUUUACUACAAAAGAAAACUUGCUACAUAUAACUUCACGAUCUAUGAUAUGGGUAAACAUAAAGGGUAUUGCUACUUGUGGGACGAGACGAUCGGACGCAAAGGAUCUAACGAAAUAAGUAGUUUUGUAUUCGACUUCAUAAAAACUAGGGUUCAGGAAGGAUACAAGGAGUUUAAUUUUUAUUCUGAUAGCUGUGGCGGUCAGAAUAAAAAUAGGACAGUAUUCGCAAUGUAUGCAUAUGCUAGCAGAAUAUUUAAUAUAAAUAUAAAUCAUUACUUCUUUGAAGUUGGACAUUCACAAUCAGAGGGUAAUGCGAUGUAUGCACUUAUUGAGCGAAGGAAAAAAACAUAA